UGGGAAUGCUGAUGGAAUCAAAUAUAGUUAUUUUUAUCUACGAACUUUUCUUUGCUAAACGCCCAAACAGAAAUUAUGUUGCCAAUAUAGUGGGUAUUAUAAAUUCUCAACCUUUCAUUAUUAUGGCCUUCAUUAACCCUUAUUUCGUUUUGCUCUUUAAAAACAUCGAAAGAGACUUAGCGAAAUUUUGUGGAUCACUAACAACAGAAGACGCCAAUUUCAACAGAACAAUUUCUCGGGAAAUUUUGAAAACGAAAUUUACGUUUUUUGGCCUUGCCGUCUUGCUUUUUCUUUGCAAUUACAUAAAUGCCGUAUUUAAUCUUAAAGGCGAAAUGAAAAUUUACCUUGUUAUAAGCUAUAUUUUGGAAUACACAAAUGAGAUGGCCACUACUAUAAUGCUUUUGUCAAUGGUGACUGCGCUUUCUUGUCACGCCGUGGUAUCGUUGUCUUUUAUAAUUUAUUGCAUUGCUCAUGUUAUUUGUCAAAUACGUUUGUUGAGGUAUCUUUUACAGGAUAGUCUAAAUAAUUUGAGCCAUUCGAUAGAUGAUGAAAACUAUCAAAAUUAUAUUGGCGAAAUUUUAAAAUUUUGUGCUAAGCAUCAUAACAGCAUAGCUUAUUUUAACAAUUAUUAUUUAAGUUUAAUGCAAAUGCCCAUACUUGUUUUGACUGCAUUAGGCGGAGUUGCCAUAGCAGUUAACUAUUAUUUCGUGUAUGCAAAAACCGACCCCUUUUAUGACACCACUAUGUAUUGCAAUAUAGGAAUGUCUUUAAUUUUGAUCACUACUUACACUCAUUACGGGCAAUUAUUAGCGGAUGAGUCAGAAAAUUUAUAUAACACUUUAUGCGAUACACCCUGGAUUCACUGGAAUAAACAAAAUCGCCAGAUGUUACAAAUAAUGAUGGUAAAUUCGAUGGAACCAUUAAAAAUUAGUUUGAUUCAAGGCCAGACAUUUAAUUAUGCUUAUAAUCUAAGUGUAUUGCAGACUUGUUAUAGCGUCUUCACGCUUGCCACAAGUCUUUAAAUUCUGGAAAACAACUCCAGAUGAAACUAUUAGCUGUCUCUACAUUUAUCACUGCUAGAUCAAUUCACAAAUUUGUCGAUAUGUUGGUGCAAUUUUAAUAAAUAAAC